AUGAUUUCACAGGAAGAAAGAAAACAGAUUGUUCUACAUUUAUUUAAACUUAUAAAAGAAAGUAAAAUAUUUUCUAAUUGUACAGAUAAAGACAUAAAAGAUGUGGCACUUAAAUUUGAAGCAAAAGCUUUUAAUUCUUCUAAAAGUAAAGAAGAAUACAUGAAAUUAAUGAAAUUAAAAUUUGAAAAAAUUAUCAAUGAAAGUAAAAAAACACAAGAACAAAAUUUAAUUAGCAAAGAAAUGUGUACUACAAGGAGUAAAAUGGGUGAUAAAGAAUUAAAUAAGAGAUUGGUUACAGGUGAUUUUACUAGAAAUGUUAAUGAAAAUGUGUAUUUGUCUAAGGAAAUUAAAUCAUUUUCUAACAAUGAGAUUAAAAAUAUUGGACAUACAUUUGACAAGAAAGUAAAUUAUAGUAAAGAUUUAGAUUUUAAAAUGCCUUUUGAUGGAGUUUAUAAGAAUACAGCCAAUACAAAUACAUUUAAUAAUUUUUCAGAUAGAAGACAAAUAGAGACAGGCACUCGAGAUUAUAAACAACAAUUUGUAAAUUUUAAUAACAGUAAUAAAAUGCCUUAUGUACAAUACAAUUACACUAAGAAUUAUGCUAAUGAUAGAGAUUCAUUAUCUUAUAAUCAGGAGUACAAGAAAUCUAUUAAUAAUUUUGAUAAUAUGCCUAGAGGAUCAAUUAAUAGCCGAGUGGGUGACAUAAAUGAAAGAAGUCCUCGUAACAACUUAAAUUUUUAUGAUUAUACAGUAAAUAAUUUUAUACCAAAAAGAAAGAGUCAUAGUGAGAAUUUGUUUAUUUAUGAUAAUAAAAAUCAAAAUGGAAAGUUUAACACAGACAGAAAUUAUUUUAAUUCUUUACAAAAGAAUCAAGAUUUAAAAUCUUUGUCUAAAAUAUCCACUUUUCCUUACAACACGCAAAAUGCCAUGUAUCCAACAAACCUAAAUAAUAAUGUCAUGUAUCCCACAAACUUAGAUAAUAACGUCAUGUAUCCAACAAACCUAAAUAAUAAUGUCAUGUAUACUUCCACACGUCCUGAUAAUUAUUAUCCACCAUAUACAAAUGUUUAUAGUACACCACCUAACAAUUUUACAUUUAAUUCUCCUGGAAGAUAUGAAGAUUCCAUUCAUAAAGGCACAUCUAAAAGUGUAAAAAGAUCUAAAUACACAAAUCAGAUGUACGAGAAUGUACAUACAAAAUCAAAUAUAAAUCAACAUUACAACACAUCUAAUUCUUCAUUAAAUACAAAUAACAAUUUUAAUAUUCAGUAUAGAAAUCCUAAUAGUAGAUUUCAUAUGAUAGAUCCUUCUAGAAUGACGAAUAGUAAGGAUUCUACAGCACAAAUUUAUAACGAACAAUACAAUGUAAAUUGUAAUUCUUCAAUUUAUUACAAAAAUAAUAAUAUUUCUAAUUUAUCAUCUAAAUGUGUAAAUGAUGAUAUAAAUCAACAGGAUUAUAAUACUACUAUUUCUAAUCAAUGUGAAGAAUCUCUUGAAGGUAAUUCUACAAGAUUAACUAAUAAUAAACAAUUAAAUGAUAAAGAAGACGACCUUUCUUUAGAUAUUGAUUUAUCGGGAGAUGAACAGGAUAUUAUCAAAAAGUUAAAGUUAUGUAAUUUAUCCUUUGAAAGAAAAUAUUUAAGUUUAGAAGAUAUUAAAAUUUUAAAAGAGUCUUUAUGCACUGCAGAGGUAGUACAAUCAAAAUGUUAUGAUAUUUGUAAAGAGAAUAAUAUUUCUGCUAAAUUUAAAAAAUAUACUAAAAUAUUAAGUUUACAAAGAAAGCUUUUACAAGUUAAUAUUUAUAUUAUUGAUUGGCGUGAGGCAGAUGAAAUGCUUGAUUUUAUAAAGCAAUAUUAUAUUGAUGUUAAAGAUCAAGUAGAAAAAGAAAGUUUAAAUCAAUGGGUUAAUUUUAAUGAGUGUUUAAAUAAAACAUACAGUGUAUUUGUAAGUAAAAAGAAGCAAGAUCCAGAAUGGUACUUAGAUCUACAAGAAGAGUGA